AUGGCGCACGUCUUUCCAGAACUCGACCGAUCUGGGAUUCGCUCCACAAUCCGCAGGUACCAGGCUCUGGUGAGUCCGGGAGGGCUGGAGCGGGAGUGCGGGCUCGCUGAUCCUGGGCCGGUGGUUCGCUUCCGCUCAACUCCCAUGGUCGUGACUGUCCCGGUGUUGCUCUCCAAGUCCAUGUUAUCGGUGACAAGCCAGCCGAGGAGUCAGCGAGAACCACGCAGAGGGGAGAAGUUGGACCCUGGCAAGAUGCAGGCCAAUAUCCGGCUAAUGAGGAUGGUGCUCAGGAACCGGCGAACCUCGCUGCAGGUGCUCCAGAACCACGAGAACUUCCUUACCAAGCUCAACCAGGACCUGGUCAAGACCAUCCAGAACGUGGAGGACAGCACGGCCCUGAAAGUGCGGGAAAUGCUGCAGCAGCAGAACAUCCUCGGGAACGUCAUCCAGAUUUUGGAGUACUCAAACAAGAAGAGGCUGGAGGAAUUGAAGCGUGAGCUCCAGGAGUGGGAGGAGAAGGAGGAAUAUCAGAUAAACUACCUGGAGCAGCAGGUGGAGCAGCUGAAUGCUAAGAUCAAGAAGAUCCAUGAGGAAGUGAACUUCCUGAGCACUUACAUGGACCAUGAGUAUCCGGUCAGAUUGGUCCAGAUUGCCAACCUUCUGCGCCAGGUCCAGCAGAUGAGAGACAGACAGCAGGAUGAGUUGGACGACCUUAGUGAGAUGCGCAAAAUGGUCCUGCAGUCAUUGUCCGAUAAGAUUCAGAGGAAGAAAAAAGACCUUCUGAAAUCUCUGGUCAUGAAAGUCCUGCAUCCCCAUCAGGAGGUUCUUGUACGGAACACCCGGGAUAACCAGGAAAUGCUGAAAUACAUGGACAAAUUCAGAGAUUUUAUUGACCAGUUUACGGAGGAAAUGCCCUUAUUAAGGGCCCAGGUGCAACACCUCCAAGCCCAGAUCCGGGAACACCGAGAGAUCAUAUUUGAGGAUGUCCUGCUUCGGAGACCCAAGUGCACCCCAGAAAUGGAUGUCAUCCUCAACAUUCCUGUGGAAGAGCUGCUACCCUUCUAG